AUGCCAGCGCAGGCCGCAGAGCCGGCGGGGGCGGUCUCGCCGGCGGACGGGCGCUCGCGUCCUCCGUCGCGGGGGGGAAAGGCUGCCGCGCCUCAGAGGAAGCGCGAAGGUGAGAGCGACGGAGUGUGUGCAUCACCACUGCCCUUCACCGCGCCGCCUGUGAUCGCCGCUUUCCCCCCAGAUCCAGACGCGAACGUGAUGCCUCCGCAGGGGUUUGCUGAAGGUCUCACGCCGGAAAUGAAAAAACAGCUGGAAGACCGGGGGCUGCGCCCCUGCACGCUGCGAGAGGUCCUUGAAAGGCGAAGCAAGAAAUGGGCCAAAGUUCAGAUGAUCAGCGCAGAGGCGCGCAGCGAGAAGGAACGCCUGGACUCUCUCUUCAAGCAGCAGUGCGUGGGCUGGGGCAACAACCAAGAGGGCUGGGUGUACGGCAAGUGGAACCCCGUCAUCCUCUGCCCCGACUUCAGACAGGGAGGCUUGCAGGUCUCUCGCUCGGGCCGGCGGCAGCUGUGGGAGUGCCUCAAGUCCGUCGUCGAAGGUUUUGUCGACCCGCGGCUCCAGAUUUGCGAGGUGCUCGACCCUACGCACCCGGUGCGUUUCGCGACUCCGCCCGACGAGACCUGCUUCACCGUCGUCUACGUCGGCCCGAAGAUUCCCGCCUCGCGCCAAGCGCGAGUCGUAUUUGGCGAAUACACCGGCGUUGUUAAAGACGGCGGGCUCGUGAAGAAACGGUUUGAGUACGUUUUUGAUCUCUCCUUCUGUGCCCUGGCGUGGCGGCGCGCUGAGGAAUUCGAGACUGCGUCGGACUCAUCAGACGACAACUGCGGACCUGCGCGCGAAAAAGGAAACGCGGCGCAGCCUGCGGAGGGUGCGCAGGACACGCGGUCAGCCUCGCAGCGCCUCUCGCCUGCGGGCGGCAGAGAGAAAAGAAAAUCCGUCACAGUUUCUGGCCGGCGCGACGCGAAGGGCUUGGCCAGAGUGGAGCUUCCUGCGCGGAGCCAGUUCGUCCUGGACUCGUCUGAGGCGUGCAACGAAAUGUCUCUUGUCAAUCACUAUGGCACCAUCGAACUUCUGGGGGACUGCGUCUGCAAGCGCAACAGCGAGUGGCAGCAAGUGUUCGUGGACGGCUGGCCCCACAUCGUUCUCACGUCGAUUCCCGGCGUGUCCAUCGAGCCUGGCGACGAGAUUCUCGCAGACUUUGGCAACGCGUGGUUUUUCAAAGUGCAGGACGCCGCCCACGGCGCAAUUGCCAGAGAGCUGCUCGAAUACAGAGUCGGCCUCCGGACUGCGCCCUCGCAGAAACUUGUUUGCGCGCGUCCCCUGGAGUGCGUCAACCGCCGCGUGGAUCCCCGGCUGAAAAACCGCGCACGCGCGGGAGAGAUCUGCCCGUACUGCCUGAGCCACGAGCACCGCGCCGCGUCGUGCGCGUCGCCGUCGCCGCCUGGCGCGUCGUCGCCAGAGAGUCUCGCGCCGCGGAAAGGGGCGGCCGCGAAGCACCCAGAGGAGGGCGCGCCGGACCGCGUGAAGAAGGAGCAUUCGCCCGCACUGUCCGCGGGCAGCCUCGAGAGGAAGGCGCAGACGCCGGGGCUCGAGUCUUCGCCUUCGGCGGGCGCCGUCUGCACCCCCUCACAGAAGGCCUCGCCACCUGGGGAUUCCCAGUCGAACCUCCUCGUCGUCACCGAGCAGCUCGAGCGGGAGCAGGCCUUCGGCGCGCUCGCGACGCCCGGCGUCGUUAAGCUGCCGCCGGCGCCGCUGUCGAACGCGGUCGUGACGCCGCAGCCGAAGGGCGGGGACGCGCGAGAGGGUGCGGAAGACGAGCCCCGCGCGUGUGAAGCAGACGCGCACGCAGCAUCCUCGUCGGCUGCCUUCUCAGGCGACGAGGUUGUGCACUGCGACGGGUGCGAUCGGCCCUGUCACCUGCGCUGUCUGCCGGAUCCCGAGGCGAUUCUGAACGACUGGCGGUGGUACUGCGCCGUGUGCCGCAUGCGCUUCUUCGAGAUGUGCCGCCACCUCAACUACCAGGUCGUGCUCUCCUCUGAGGCGCUCGCCUCGCUGGAGAAGGAAGGCAUUCUCAGCGCCGCCCAGAGCGUGGCUCACGCCUCGCCUAUGGCCAGCGGCUUUAGCGGCAGCCACGCGCUCGCGUUGAAGACUCCAGUUCGAGAGGAGGAGGAGGCGCCGAAGCGCGAGAAGCGCCAGGGCGGCGCAGGCAGCCUCGAGGACCCGCAAGCCAAGGUGUGCCUCGUCGCCGCGCCUGCGAAGAGACGGGAGGAGGACGAGCGCCAGAAGGAUGACCGCGAGGCGUCUGCUCGGAGAAGCCGGCGAGGCGACGUCGACCUGACAGAAACAGGGCACGGAGCGGACCGACUCGAAUCCUCAAAGCGCCGCAGCAGUCGGGGCCCGCGAGACCGAAGGAGCCGAAGCGCCGGCUCGCAGAAGCGCGGGGAGGGCCUGGCGGAAGACGGGGGCGCCCAGGAGGCUGUCACCUCUCGUGUCUGCGACGACCCCCUAGCAGUUCAACCCGAAGCGGCGGCGACGGCCUACGCCGCGACGCCGAGCGAGAACGUCGAGGCCGCUGGGGGGGAGGAGGAGGCGCAGCAGGGCGCCGGCGCGGAGACUCCCUCGCCCGCUCCGCUGCGUGAAGCGCCGGCGGACGAGAGUGGUACGUGCUCCCGCGACAGCGACGUGGCCGGCGAAAAAGAAAACGUGGAGCCCGCGGCAGCAGCGGGGGGGAUGGAGUUCCUGAAUGUCACGCUGGACGAACUCGGCAAGGGCAGUGAGACCGCCUCGUGGGCAGAUACCUGCGGACACCCGCUCCCUUCCUCCUCCGUCCUCUCUUCUGAGCUCGCCCCGGAGGCCUCGCGCACCGGCGAGACCGAGGCUGGCGAGGCGCCUUCGCUGGGCCCCGGCGGCGCUUCUGGCGCCUGCUCGCAGGGCAGUGAGAAUUCUAAGUCAGAGCGCGGCGCGCGAGUCAGCGCGCUGGCAGGCAAAGAACGCGACGUCUUUUCGCUUUUCGCGUGCCCGCGAGCCAACCCGGCUGCCGCUGGCGCGUCUCACGCGGCGCCGAUGCAGGGCGAGAAGGGGGCGUCGCCCCUGGCGGCGGUGACUACGACCGCCGAGUCCUCAGAGAGCGACGAGGACGCGGCAUGCGACGCUAGCGCAGCGAGAGGUGGCGCGGCCGCUCAGGCUGCUGGCGCAGAGGCAGCGUCCUCUGCCCCGGGGACCGCAGACGGGGCGCGCUUCGAAGCGCCGCCUGCGGGCGUUCGAGAGCGCCGCGCGGUAUAUGACUGCAGCGCGGAGAAGAUGGCGCGCGGGCGGAUGGCGCCGACGCGCGUGGAGAUUGUGCCUGGAGAUCUGUCGAAGGUGGAGCUUCAGGGGCUCCAGACGUUGCAUCUCGUGGAUCCGAAGGGGCUACUUGGCAGUUUGCAGCCGUGCGAAGUGUGUUACAAGGCGCUGGGCGAGCGCGCGUCGACGGAAGUCUGCCGGCUCGCGAAGCGCCACUUGUCGCCGAACUGGGAUCACCCGCACUCGACGACACCCCACCAGAUGAAGGACGCGAUCCUGACUGCGUUCCAAGAGAAAGUUCACAGCAUGCAGGAGGAGGCGAAGAAGCGCGCGCAGAGCGUGACGGAGGAGAUUCGGCAGCUGAAGCUCUCGUUCGCAGCCAAGCUCCAGCAGGGUCAUCAUCACGCGCACCACGGCGCCGCGCUCAGUACCGACAAACACGGCACCGGCGGGUGUGCCGCGGCUGCGCAUGCGGCGUCGAGGAAGCGGUCGCGCGGUGCAUGCUCGCCAGAAGUGCUGGGCAUGGCGCAGGCCGGUCGCGGCGGGGGCGAAGAAGAGAAGGAUGCGCGCCCAGAAGAUAACUUGCCUGCGCCUCUCACGUCGGGAUUCAUUCCCCUGAUCGGCGUGCACCUGGGGAAGACCGUGAUUGACCGCAGCUUCAACGUCGGCUGGUUCGAGGGCUUGAUCACCGAGUACUCCGCAGUGGCGGUGGAGGACGGCAAGUGGUACGCGAACCAGUUUCAGGUCGAGUACGCCGACGGCGACACAGAGUGCCUAAAAGUCGAGGAGUUAGUUCACCUCCUGGCCGAGCACGGCAUCCGCCACGUGGAUCCUGCGACCCGCCACCAGUACAAGACGACGACUCUCGACAAGCUGCUCGCGCCCGAGAUCUUGGCAGCCAAGAAGGAGCUCAACCUGCGCUUCCGGAAGUGCAAACAGCUGGAGGAAAAGGAGGAGUCUGAGCGCAACAAACGGCGCAAAAAGGCGAGCAAGAUGGUGACCAAACGGGCCCCCGACGGCGAGGAGGCUGACGGUGAAGACGACGAGACGGGCACCACGAGCGAACAAGAGAAGGCGGAAGGCGAGCUGACGGGCGAGUACGGCACCAAGACGAAGAAGGACGUGAAAAAAACGAAGAAUCAAAGCCAGGGCGAAAAAGAGAAGCAAAAAGCUGAGAGGGACGCCGGCACGCGUGGAGAGGAUGUCGAGCGCGGCUCAGCGGAGGCGCAGGAGGAAGAAAGCAUGCAAACAGCGUCUGCGCGCUGCAGCACAGAAUCUCGAAAAAACGACGAGGAAGGCCGCAGCGUCUUGGCGGGUACGGAUACCAGUGAGGACGGGCAGGGGCUGGACUCAACGUAG